UGGACGCCCACGGCAGACAGCGUGACUGUAGAAAGGUGGAGGGCUCCCCCACCGUCAGGUCUCACCUGCAUCCCGGAGGCCGGAUGCUCAGCAUUCCUGAUUCCUGCCCACGGGCAGCCAGAGCCCUCUCUUACAAGUUCAGGGAUCUGACUGUGGAAGAGCUGAAGAAUGUGAACAUGUUUUUCCCGCACUUCAGAUAUUCCAUGGACACCUACGUUUUCAAAGACACUUCCCAGAAAGACCUGCUGAACUUCACUGGUACAAUUCCUGUGAUGUAUCAGGGUAAUACGUACAACAUACCUAUUCGCUUCUGGAUUUUGGAUUCUCACCCUUUUGCUCCACCCAUUUGCUUCUUGAAGCCAACUGCAAACAUGGAAAUCUCAGUUGGAAAACAUGUGGAUGCCAAAGGCAGAAUAUACUUGCCCUAUCUCCAAAACUGGAGCCAUCCUAAAUCUGUCAUUGUUGGAUUAAUUAAAGAAAUGAUCGCCAAGUUUCAGGAGGAACUUCCUCUUUAUUCAGUGCCAUCAUCCAAUGAAGCGCAGCAGGUCGACUUGCUAGCCUAUAUUGCAAGAAUCACUGAAGGUGUCUCAGACAUAAAUUCAAGGGGCUGGACAAAUCAUGAGACUAAAAUACCGAAUAAAAUUACUGUGGUCGGAAGUGGAGAUUUGGGUAUUGCCUGCACAAUGGCAAUUUCAGCAAAGGGCAUUACAGACAAGUUGCUUCUUUUAGACCUCUCCGAUGGGACUAACCAAGGAACGAUGGACCUUGAUAUCUUCAACCUGCCUAACGUAGAGAUCAGCAAAGAUUUGUCUGCCUCUGCUCAUUCCAAGGUGGUGAUCUUCACAGCCAACUCUUUGGGUGGUUCUGAAUCCUACCUUCAUGCCGUGCAAAACAAUGUGGACAUGUUCAGAGCUCUUGUCCCAGCUCUGGGAUAUUACAGUCAACAUGCUGUCUUGCUUGUUGCAUCUCAACCAGUGGAAAUCAUGAGCUAUGUGACAUGGAAACUGAGCACAUUUCCUGCAAAUAGAGUGAUUGGGACUGGAUGCAAUCUGGAUUCACAGAGAUUACAAUACAUUAUUAUGAAUGUUUUGAAGGCACAGACUCCAGGCAAAGAAGUAUGGGUUAUUGGUGAACAGGGAGAAAACAAAGUGUGCUCAUGGAGUGGCGGAGACGGGGUAAUGAGUCAUAGCUCUCUGGCACAGCUGUCCGGCAGAGCCAUGGAACUGUUGAGGGUAAAAGGUCAGAGAUCUUGGUCUGUUGGACUGUCUGUGGCUGACCUGGUGGAUACUAUUGUAAACAAUAAAAAGAAAGUGCAUUCUGUAUCAACCCUAGCAAAGGGAUGUUAUGGUUUAGAUAAUGAAGUGUUCUUAAGUUUGCCGUGCAUCCUGGGAACCAGUGGAGUAUCUGAAGUCAUCAAAAGCACAGCAGGAGAAGACACAAUGACUGAGACACUCCAAAACAGUGGUUCUUCAAUCCACAGUCUCCAGCAACAGCUGAAACUCUGAUGCCCGAGAGCAGUCACCUCAAGGGGGAAGCUUAUUUAAUUUUGCCAGCACACACAGUUUUGGCAACUUCCACAACUUGGUAUUUCACAAACAGCCCUUAUAGUAGAUGACGUCUUAGCUUUAUAAUUUGAGAACGGGAGAGGAUCUGAUUUCCUUGGGAGUUUUGACACACCUGAACUGUUGUUUAGAGCUGCCACUUUAGAUCGCACGUCCUAACCAGCACACCUAGCACUUUAGAGAUGUUCUGAAAUACGUGCACGCCUGAAAGAUUCUCACUGGACACUCAUUCUGAGCAUGGUAAGCUGAAGGUAGGAUGGGCACAGAGCCUGUGGCAGGUGUACAUUCAGAGACUCCUAGCUUCACGGAUGUAUUUGCUUCUUCUGCAACAUCCCACUGAUGGUAAUGGCUAAGCGUUUGAUUUUCCUUCUUCAAGUUCACUUACAUUAGAAAGGAUUUUAGUAUGCAUUUAAAUUGGUUAAAUGGAAUUUUAAAUAUAUGAAAAAUAAUAUAUGAUUUAAUUUCUAAUGACACUUCCUUUCUGAAAAUUUCUAGAAUAACCUCUUCUUGGGCUAAAAGAUCUCAACUGUAUCUUAAAACUAUAUUAGUAGAAAAAGAGAUAUUCGUGUUUCUGUGGCCAUAGGUAAUGAGUAACAGCUAAGCAGUAUAUUUCGAAAGCAAAUGUGAGGCUUUCAUUAAAAAACCAUUGUUCUUAAAGGAGAGGGGCCUUGGUUGUCUGCUUCCGAGCGAGCCUUAGUCACCCCAGAAGAAACAGUUGUGCCUGUGCCUUGGUGACUGGUCAGUCAGUGUUAACAUGUGGAGCAGCAGCACAGUGGCUGCUGUGACGCACAGGGGACAGCUCCUAUAUAGUGAGCUCUUUAUUUGUAGAGUUCGGACAUUGACUAGCCGAGGUUGGGACUGUGUAUCUUCAUUACAGAGGAGGAAACUGAACUUAGGUGUCUGAGAUUGCUGGGUUCUAAGGAGUGUUUCUUACCUGUAUAACCUCUACUUUUCUAGGUAGCAACAGAGGCUGUGGGAAGCCUAGAGGCCUAAAAGCCAAGUUGUCACAAGACACUAACUAAAGUUGAGGCUUGGGAUACUAUGAAAGAAUUCUUUUAUUGUCAUAUGGGGGCUUUCUUUUGUUUUUGUUU